AUGCCUGACUACCAUAAGAUCGGCAUUAUUGCUACCGGCGCCUCUCAGUCAGACGGAGACACCGUUAUCCUCGGUGACCUAACAGGUGAAGGCAGAGCUGACUACAUGAUGGUCGGCGUCGGUGGUAAGGUCAACGGUCUCAUCAACCGAAGACAGGAAACGAGCAUGGUGCCCCGGUGGUCGCAGAUGUUCAAUGUUGCUGCGGGACCAGAUGGUGCAAAGUCAAAUCAAGUACGUUUGGUUGACAUGACUGGUGAUGGCAAGGUUGAUUACUUGCUUGUCGAUGAGAAGACUGGCGAAGUCACUCUGUGGGAGAACCUUGGAACUGGUGGAAAGUGGCAGCCAGGCGAUGGUGUGUUUCUCUGCGAUUUGGACGGUGACGGUACCAGCGAUUACUUCUGGAUUGACCACACGGGCAAGGGCUAUGGCUACCUCAAUGCAGGGAAAGGCGAGAACAAAUGGAAUGAUCUGGGUAUGAUCGCCAAGGGAGAUCAUCCUAGAGAGCAGAUCCACAUGGCUGUUCUAACUACGAGCGGUCGAGCCGACUACGUCGUUGUCGACCCAGAGAUCGGAAGAGCUGAUUGGUUUGAGAACCUUGGGCCUGACGGAGGCUGGGGUUGGAAAGCUCGUGGUGAGUUUGCUGCGGGACCCAAGAACACCGUCGAGACCAAGUUCGGGUUCAACUUUAAGGCGAAGAACGUUCGUUUUGCAGACUUGGAUGGUGAUGGUCUUGAUGACUACCUCUACAUCAGCGACACGGGAGCUGUCAUUAUGUGGAGGCAUCUGGGCACUAAUCCUCCAUCCUGGGGCAUCCCACGCUUAGUAGCCGAUGGGCCAGUUGGUGUCAGCGCACAAAAUGUUCAGUUUGCUGACACUAAUGGCGACGGCAAACUUGACUAUGUCGUUGUUGGUACUACGACAGGCAUGGCGAGAACGUGGCAUCACCUUGGAUUCCGAGACGACGGAUCUAUUCGCUGGAAUACACCUCUCAGUUUCGCCGACGGUGUUGGGUCUAUUGGAUCUGCCAUCAGAAUCACAGAGAUGACUGGUGACAAGCGUGCUGAUUAUGUCUCCAUCAACCCUGACAACGGUCGACUCAAUCUCUGGCACAACCGCUGCUGGCCCAACGGCUCAGGCGGCGGCGGAGACGACGGUGGUUCCGGAGGUGGUGAUGAUGGCAAUGGAGGCGGCAGCGGAGAUGGCGACGGCGUUGUCUACAUUGACCCAACCAUCUGGAAAUCCAGCGAGCCGACCGCGAGUUGCCGUCCUCCUUGCACCCUUGUUCUUCCACCUUGGCCGCUCUCUUCCAAGACCACCAUCAGCUUCCCAGUUAUUACCAAAACUAUCAAGGAAACCUGGCCUGAAACUACCGACGGUGUCACUACAUAUCGCACAACCACGAUCACCGUCCGGAUCACACUGCCGCCAAUCACCACUACUCAGAUCGAGGUGUCUAACAUCAUUGUGAGCAAGUCUACCACAACAAUUGUGCCUGUACGGACCAGCAUCAUUCCGCCCCCAGUCACUCUAACAGAGCUCACCCACGGCAUCACUUACACAUAUAGUCCGGGUCCUUAUCCGACCACCACCGAGGUUGGACCCCCACCUGGUGAUAAUCCAGGAGACAUUCAUGUCAUUGGUGGUGGUAGUGGCCCUGGACCUGUCUGCAAGUCCGGCUGCGGUCAUAUUUGCCUCAUUGGUUGUGGCUCAAGUGGGGGCGGAGGUGGUGGUGGUGGUGGAUGUAUCGGCUUGGGAUGUCCUCCUGGAUCCAAGAACUGUGUCGGUGUUGGAUGCGGUGGAGGAGGUGGUGGUGGCGAUGGCAACGACGACGACGACGAUGAUGAUGACGAUGAUGAUGACGAUGAUGACUGUGCCACUGAGACCAACACCGAGUGUCAUCAGGUUUGCACGACAAGUCCCUGCAAGACCGUUUGCAACACCUAUAUCGGCUGCGACUGCACAACCUCCAAGGUCACAGACUAUUGGGUGUCUUGCAAGUCCCAGUCAUGCACUACCACCUCUACCGAGGUCAUCACUGGCUGCUUCCUUACUGCAACUGCCACAACCACCGGCUCAUACUGCCCCUUGGCCACUGUCGACGCAGAGAGGGAUGAGAAUGGCGAUGACAACGGCAGCGGGAUAGGAACUGCCUACAAGACCACUUUCUCCCCUACUGCCAUUAUCAAGUCAACUCAGUACCGUGUCAAGAGUGGAUACGUGACGGUUGACAAGACCGCCUAUCCGGUUCCAUCUGCUACGUCAGUUAUCAAGACCAAGAUUGACGGGACAUCGGCCACCAUUAUCCCUUCCUUUGUUGGAACCACUAUCUCGAUCACGGUUUCAAACAUCAAGCUUUCCACCUCGUAUGAGCCCGAGGCCACAACAACGAUAGAACCUUCCAAGAAAUCAACUGAUACAGCAUACCCGACGCACACGACCUUUACAGGCGAUGGCUACUGCUACUCGGGGAAGUCUGGCUUCCUCAAGUUCACACAGAGUCAAGCUCAGCAAGUGAUUGGGUCCUUCUGCUCCUCCAGCUACGUCCUCGAUCCUGGCAACACCGCCGGUCAAGUCGACGCCCUCGAGGCGGACGGCUACAACGUCGUAGUCUCGGCAAAGUGGGCAACCGACCAGACCGGAUGCGGAACGAAGGAGGCUUUCCACUUUGCCGAUGACGAAUCAAAUUUUCAGUCCUGUCUCAGAGCCUGGAACAUCCCCUUCUUCUGCACUGACCCAGAUGCAACGUCCAGUUUCGGUGGAGCAUACGUCUUUGAUCCUCCUAUAACUGGUGGCUGCCUCCUCUUGUGGUUGUAUGCGUAUAGCACGUCUUCUCUCAAGGUCAGGGCAGGCCUCGAGGGAGCUCUGGCACCAGCUGUAAUGAACAUUACGCACAUGGGAGAAGUGAAACACCGCGUGAACAAGCCGAAUGCUCCUCUUGUGUGA